AUGAUUUAUUUAAAAAUAUUAGAAAAAUUAAAUCAAGCAAUUUGGUUAUUCGAUAUAAAUAAAAGAGUAUUGAUUUGGGGUAAUCAAUCAUGUAAAAAAUAUAAAAAUAUUGAAUCAAUAACAUCAUUAUUUAAUAAUUCAAAUUUAAUAAAUGAUAUUAGAAAUGGUAAAUCAAAACAUGAACACAUCGAUAUAAUAGAAUCCAACGAAAAUGGAGAGAUUUUAAAACAAAUGAUAUUUAAAUAUUCAUCAAUACAUAUUAGUGAUAUGGAUGCAAGACAAUUAUAUUUGGAUACUAGUAUUAAUUUAUUAGUAAAUCAAGAUAGUCAUUAUUUAGAUUACGAAGGUAAACGAAUUUUUAUAUUAGUAGAAGCAAUUGAAGAAAUUAAAUUUAUUCAAUCACCAUUAUCAUCAUCAAUUGAAAAUCAUAAUAUAAAUAAUAAUCAAAAUAAUCAAAAUUCUGUAAAUAUUAAUAGUAGUAAUAAAGGACAAUAUAAUAGACCAGAACCAUCAAACAUGGGAUCUUGGGAAUGGAAUGUUCAAAAUGAUACAACUAAAGCAUCUAAUCAAUUUUAUAAAAUAAUUGGUAUUGAAAAUGAUUUUAAUAAAAAAUUGAAUUUUAAUGAUUUUAUUAAUAAACUUGGUAUUCAAGAAAUUCAACCAAUAAUUAAUAAUUGUAUAGAAUCAAAUAGUUCUUCAUUUGAAUAUCCAUUAAGAAUUAAUAGAAAAAAUGAUAAUUUAGUUAGAUAUAUUCAAUUAAAAGGUGAAAUUAUUAAAAAAGAUGAUAAAGUUUUUAAAGUUUUAGGAGUUUGUCAUGAUUUUAGUGAAAUUCAAGAAGCAAAAGAUAAAUUAGAAGAAGAGAGUAAAUUUGUUGAAGCAUUAAUUGGUUGUUUAAAAGCAGGCAUUGUUGCAUGUAAUUCAAAUGGUGAUUUAACACAUUUCAAUAAGAGUGCACAAGAUUUACAUGGAUUAGAAUUGAACGAUAAAACCGAUAGAAAACAAUUAUUAGAUCAAAUUUUAAAAUGUUAUAGAUCACCAUAUGAACAAAUAAAUUUAGAAAAAUCAGGUACACCAAUUAUUAGAGCAUUAAGUGGUGAAUUUAUAAAUGAUCAAGAAAUUAUAAUUACUCCAACUUCAAAUCAACAACAAUCAUCAUUAUCAAAAUCAAAUAGACCAAGAUCACAAUCAAAUUGUUCAAAUGGUAAUAAAUCACAAAAUAGAUUAUCAAAAAAUUAUAGUACAACAACAACAACAACUAAUAAUAAUAAUAAUAAUAAUAAUAAUAAUAAUAAUAAUAAUAAUAAUAAUAAUAAUAAUAAUUCAAUUUCACAACAACAACAAACACAAGUAUCAACACAACAAACACAACAACAACAAAAUACAACAAAUGGAAUAGGUGGUGCAACAACAUCAACAACAGCAGCAGCAGCAACAAUAACAUCACCACAACAAAUACCAAUUGCAACUAAAAUUCCAACAAAGAUAAAUGAUAAUGAAUUUUUAGUUUUGGCAAGUGGUCAAGAGAUUGUUUCAAAAGAUGGUAAAACCAUUGGUGCAUUUGUAGCCUUACAUGAUAUUACUGAAAGAAAACGUAAUGAAGUUAUACUAAAGAAUGCAACAGAGGAGGCACAAAGGGCUAAUCAAUUAAAAGGUGAAUUUUUGGCAAAUAUUAGUCAUGAAUUAUUGAGUCCAAUGAAUUCAAUCAUUGGUAUGGUUGGUUUAUGUUUAGAUGUUGCACCAAGGAAUCUAAAGGAAAUGUUAAAUGAUGUUGUGGAGUCGUCAAAGAUUCUAUUGGAUUUACUUCACCAAAUUUUAGAUUUCACAACAUUGGAAUCAAAUUCAUUGGCAGUUAGACCUUUCCCAUUCAAGUUACGUGAUACAUUCAAUCAAUUAUUUAAAGUUUUCUAUACACGUAUCAUUGAAAAGAAGAUUAGUUUAACCUUUUCAAUCGAUCCAAAUAUUGCCGAUGAUUUCUAUGGUGAUCAAAAUCGUUUAAAACAAAUCCUUUCAAAUCUAAUUGAUAAUGCAAUAAAAUUUUCAAAUUCUUCAAAUAUAAAUAAUUCAAUUUCAAUCAUUGUUGAACAAUUAACUCAUAAUCAAUUUAAAAAAUAUAAAGACUCUUUUAGAUCAAAUUCAAAGACUCAUAGUAGAUUAAAUUCACAUGAUGAUUAUAGUAUCGAUGGUGAUUAUGAUGAUCAAGAUAAUAAUGAUUCUUAUUUUGGUAGAGAUAUUAAUGUUUCAGAUAAUGAAUCAGCUGUUGGUGGUUUUAGUGAAUUAGAUGAAAAAGAUAAUAGUGAUGAUGAUGAUGAAAAUGAUGAUGAAAAUGAUGAAACUGAUGAAAAUGAUGAUGAUACCGACGACGAUACAUCAUCAAACACUUCAAGAAAUAAUAUAAGUAAUAAUUUAUUAUUUCAUAAUAAUACCAGUGGUGGUGGUGGAGGUGGUAUUAAUAAACGUGAAAAAUUUAAAAAAAAAGAUCGUGAAGGGUUUGUUAAUCUAAAAUUUUCAAUUAAAGAUCGUGGUAUUGGUGUACCAGAGGAUAAACAUGAUUUCAUUUUCGAUAGAUUCUUUCAAGUUGAUGGUUCAUAUAGUCGUGUUCAAGGUGGUGUUGGUUUAGGUUUAAGUAUUUGCAAAAAGUUAAUUGAAUUCUUUGGUGGUGCAAUUUGGUUUGAAAGUGAAGCAUCACAAGGUUCAACUUUUCAUUUCAUUCUCUCAAUUAAAAGUGUUGAAGCACCAUCACCAAAAUCACCUUCAUUACAAUCAAGUAAUGGUUCAAUCAAUUCAACCACUAAAUUAUUUGAAUCUAGUAGAUUAAAAAAUGAAAUUUAUAUUCCAUCACUUCCAAAUGUUCAAACUAAAAAAGUGAAAAAAGAUUCAAAUGAUAAUGGUAAUAACGAUUCAACAAAUUAUGGUAUUUCUUUAAGUAAUAGUAUGAAUAAUAUAAAUAUCAAUGGUAGUACAUUAAAUAAUAAUAAUAGUAUUAAUAAUAAUAAUAAUUCAAAUGAUAAUGGUCCAUUAACAAGUCGUACACCAUCAAAUAGUUAUUAUAAUUUCAUUGCCUCUUUAAAUAAUACAUCAUUAAAAUCUUCAAGUCAUAAUACUCUUAGUUCAAGUCCAACUGGUUUUAAUGGUAUUUCAAAUUUAAAUAUUAGUGGUUUAAAUAAUCUUAGUAAUUUAUCAAAUAAUCCAAAUAAUCUUAAUAAUAUAAUUGGUAAUACUAAUGGAAAUAAUAAUACCAAUGGAAAUAAUAAUAGUGGUAUAAGUUUAAAUAAUAGUAAUAAUAAUAUUCAAACUCCAAAUGGUUUAAAUAAUAGUCGUGGUUCAAGUUUAAUUUCAACACCUUCAACUAAAAAUGUUAAAAAACAACAUAGUUGUCCAAUGGAUUUAAUUCAAAGAAUUCAUUCAAUUUGUACACCACGUGGUCCAAUUUCCAAAGAAUGUGGUUUAAAUAAUUUACCAGCUUAUUCACCACCAAAAUCACCUGGUCGUAGUUUAAGUCACGGUGGUAAAAAUUAUUCAAAUUUAAUUAGUACCCCUAGAGGUGGUGUUGGUUAUAGUUCACCACCUAUCAACAGUAGUAGUAGUAGUGGGGGUGGUAGCAGUACAAAUGGUAGCAAUAGUGGUAAUAGUAGUGCAAAUAAUUCAACUCCUUCAUCAUCUUCAUUAUCCUCAACUCCAUUAACAUCUUCAAAUACACCAUCACCAGUUUCAAUAUCAUCAAAUAAUGUUAAUAAUAAUAAUCAACAACAACAAACACAACCAAUUUUAUCACCAAUUUUACCAUUAAAAGAUAACUCAAUUGAUAUCUCUGAUUUAAAUAAUAUUAAUAGUUUAACACCAAAUUCUUCAAAUUCAACCUCAACAAAUGUAACUCAAAGCAGUUCAAAUAUUAUUAAUAAUGGUAAUAGUAUAACAAUUAUAAAUAAUAAUCCAGUUACUCCAAAUGGUAAAAAAAUAGUUAUAGUUCCAUUAUUAAGUUUACAAUCUGCUUCAUCACCAAAACAAUCACAACGUGGUUAUUCACCAAAACAGCAAUACUCUCCAAAACAAUAUUCACCAAAACAACAAUAUUCACCAAAACAAUAUUCACCAAAACAGCAACAACAACAGCAACAACAACAACAACAAUUAGAACAAUUGAGUGGAAGAAUGUCACCACAUAAAUCCAAUUUAAGUAGUACAAAUCUUCAUCAUAUUCAUCAUCAUCAUAUUCAUCAACAACAAUCUCAACAACAUAAUAAUACUACUGUUCAUUCAAAUAAUUUAAUUUUAAAUAAUAAUAAUAAUAAUAAUAAUAAUAAUAAUAAUAAUAAUAAUAAUAAUAAUAAUAAUAAUAAUAAUAAUAAUAAUAAUAAUAACAACACUACAAAUACAAGUAAUAAUCAUACAUCUGAUCCAUCAAAAUCAUCAAAUUCAACACCUGAAACAUCACCACCAAUUAGUUCACCAAGAAGCAAUAAUAAUAAUAAUUGUAGUUUAACUACAAUAGUAGGAGUAACAACACCACCACAACCAUCAUCAACAAUUACUACACCACAAUUCCAAUCACCACCAAUUUUAUCAGGAAAUAGUGGUAAUAUUAAUUUAUUAAGUAGUAAUGGUACAAGCAGCGGUGGAAUUGAAAUUAGUGGUAGUCAAAUGAUUCCACAAAAAGUAUUGGUAGCAGAAGAUAAUACAAUGAAUCAAAAAUUAAUAAAGACAUUAUUAACUAAAAGAGGUUUUGAUAUUACCAUUGCAAAAGAUGGUAAACAAGCCUUAGAUUUCUAUCAUGAAAGUAAAAAUAAAUCAAUACUUUAUGAUUGUAUAUUAAUGGAUAUUCAAAUGCCAAUUUUAUCAGGUUUAGAAGCAACUUGUGCAAUUCGUGAAAUCGAAGCAAAUGAAGGUGGUCAUAUUCCAAUCAUUGCUGUAACUGCUCAUGCAAUGAAAGGUGAUAAAGAAAAGUUUUUAGAAUCUGGUGUUGAUGAUUAUGUAACAAAACCAAUUAACCCAAAGUUAUUAUAUGAAGUAAUAAAUACUCAAAUCUGUAAAUAUAUUGAAGAAAAUCGUUCAUCAUCUACAAUAAAUGAAAAUAAAAAUACAAUUAAUAAUAAUAAUAAUAAUACAAAUAAUAAUAAUAAUAACAAUAAUUCAAGUAACCCUGUUAAUAAUAAUAAUAGCAAUAGUAUUGAUGCUACUCAACAAGAAUUAAAUAAUGAAAAAAUUCGUAUUUAA